CCCUAGCUGGGCCGUUCACGAGGUUCUUCCUUUCGCAGCCAGCACCGUUGAGGGGAGUGAGUGCGUGGCCUGGAUGGCCUGGUGAAAUUAGUCCAAAUACCCGAGUCAGUGCAUUUGGAGUGUCACUAGAACGCCGCAAACAUGCCGGCGUAUUUCCAGCGGCCGGAGAAUGCUCUUAAACGAGCGAACGAGUUUCUUGAGGUUGGCAAGAAGCAGCCAGCCUUGGAUGUUUUAUACGAUGUCAUCAAGAGCAAGAAACAUCGAACAUGGCAGAAGAUCCACGAGCCCAUCAUGCUCAAGUACCUGGAGCUCUGCGUGGAUCUUCGCAAGAGCCACCUGGCCAAAGAGGGUCUCUACCAGUACAAGAACAUCUGCCAGCAGGUGAACAUCAAGUCUCUGGAGGAUGUGGUCAGGGCUUACCUGAAGCUGGCGGAGGAGAAGACUGAGACUGCGAAGGGGGAAUCCCAGCAGAUGGUCCUGGACAUUGAGGAUCUGGACAACAUCCAGACUCCAGAAAGUGUGCUCCUGAGCGCUGUGAGCGGAGAGGACACUCAGGAUCGUACUGAUCGCCUGCUGCUCACUCCCUGGGUGAAGUUUCUGUGGGAGUCGUACCGCCAGUGCCUGGACCUGCUCCGAAAUAAUUCCAAGGUGGAGCGGCUGUACCAUGACAUCGCCCAGCAAGCAUUCAAGUUCUGCCUUCAGUACACCCGCAAAGCUGAGUUUCGCAAGCUGUGUGACAACCUGCGUAUGCAUCUGGGGCAGAUCCAGCGCCACCAUAACCAGAGCACUGCCAUCAACCUGAACAACCCUGAAAGCCAGUCCAUGCACCUGGAGACACGCCUGGUGCAGCUGGACAGUGCCAUAAGCAUGGAGCUCUGGCAGGAAGCCUUCAAGGCUGUUGAAGACAUCCAUGGCCUGUUUGCUCUUUCCAAGAAGCCUCCCAAACCUCAGCUGAUGGCCAACUACUACAACAAGGUGUCAACUGUGUUCUGGAAAUCUGGAAAUGCUCUUUUCCACGCCUGCACCCUUCACCGCCUCUAUCACCUGUCCAGGGAGAUGCGUAAAAAUCUGACCCAAGAUGAGAUGCAGAGGAUGUCCACCAGAGUCCUCCUGGCCACACUGUCCAUCCCCAUCACCCCAGAGCGCACUGAUAUUGCUCGGCUCUUGGACAUGGAUGGCAUCAUUGUUGAGAAACAGCGCAGGUUGGCCACGCUCCUGGGUCUCCAGUCUCCACCAACCCGCCAGAGUCUCAUCAAUGACAUGGUGAGAUUUAACUUGCUACAGUACAUUGUACCUGAUGUGAAAGAACUUUACAACUGGCUGGAGGUAGACUUUCAUCCUCUGAAAUUGAGUGGAAGAGUCACCAAGGUAUUGAACUGGGUGAGAGACCAGGCUGAGAAGGAGGCUGAUCUGCAACAGUAUGUUCCUCACCUGCAGAACAACACCAUCCUCAGGCUCCUGCAGCAGGUUGCACAGAUCUAUCAAAGCAUUGAGUUCAGCCGUCUGGCCACCCUGGUUCCGUUUGUGGACGCCUUUCAGCUGGAGCGCUCCAUUGUGGAUGCUGCUCGCCACUGUGAUCUGCAGGUUCGAAUAGACCACACCUCUCGAACUCUGAGCUUUGGGUCAGACCUUAACUACUCAACCAAAGAAGACGCUCCUGUUGGCCCGUUCCUGCAGAACAUGCCCUCAGCGCAGAUCAGGAACCAGCUGACAGCCAUGUCUUCUUCUCUGGCCAAGGCCAUCCAGGUCAUCAAGCCUGCCUCCCUCCUGCAAGAGCGUGAGGAGCACAGCCAGCUGGCAAUCGCUGCGUACCUGAAAAAUGGACGCAAGGAUCACCAGCGCAUCCUGGCUCGCAGACAGACCAUUGAAGAGCGUAAGGAGCGCCUGGAGAGCCUGAACAUCGCGCGUGAAAAGGAGGAGCUGGAACAGCGGGAAGCUGAGAUGCAGAAAGUCCGAAAGGCUGAAGAGGAGCGUCUCCGCCAGGAGGCCAAAGAGAGAGAGAAGGAGCGCAUUAUGCAGGAGCAUGAGUUGAUCAAGAAGAAAACUGUCCGUGAACGACUGGAGCAGAUCAAGAAGACUGAACUUGGGGCCAAGGCCUUCAAAGAUAUUGAUAUUGAGGACCUGGAGGAGCUGGAUCCCGACUUCAUCAUGGCCAAACAGGUGGAGCAGCUGGAGAAGGAGAAGAGGGAACUCCAAGAGCGUCUGAAGAACCAGGAGAAGAAGAUUGACUACUUUGAGAGGGCAAAACGUCUCGAGGAGAUUCCUCUCAUCAAACAAGCUUAUGAGGAGCAGCGCAUCAAGGACAUGGAACUGUGGGAGCUCCAGGAGGAGGAGAGGAUCAGUAACAUGAAAGUUGAACGGGAGAAGGCUCUGGAGCACAAAAAUCGCAUGUCCAGGAUGAUGGAGGACAAAGAGAACUUUUUGUCUAAAAUAACUGAUGCCAGGAGCUUCAUUUAUGAGGAAAAACUGGAAACUUUCCAGGAGCGUUUGGUGGAGGAGAGGAAGAAGCGUCUGGAAGAGAGGAAGAGGCAGCGCAAAGAGGACAGGCGUAAUACUUACUACCGCGAGAAAGAGGAAGAGGAACAGCGUAUCCACGAUGAGUCUCUCAAGAAAGAGCGAGAUGAACGUGAACGCGUGGAAAAUGAGCAGCGAGAGGAGGAGGAGAGGGAGUACCAGGAGAAACUGCGCAAGCUCGAAGAGCAGGAACGUAAGCAGCGUGCUCGUCAGCAGGAGAUCGAGGAGCGGGAGCUCCGUCGUGACGAGGAAAAAAAGACUCCAACAGAGGAGAGAACCAAGGAGUGGGGUGAAAAGGAGGAGGGAUGGAGGAGGCGCACAGAAGGAGGUGACUCAGAAUGGCGCCGUGCUGUGCCUGACAGGGAGAGGACACAGGAAGGCCAAGAUGAAGAGAGCGAGGACAGGCGAGCUGAAGUUCCCCGCAGGGUCGGAGAUGAGAGAGCACCCCGUCGUAUUGGUGAGGAGGAUCGUCCUGUACGCAGAGGCUUUGAUGAGGAUCGUCCUGCACGCAGAGGCUUUGAUGAUGAUCGUCCUGUGCGCAGAGGCUUUGAUGAGGAUCGUCCUGCACGAAGAGGCUUUGAUGAUGAUCGUCCUGUACGCAGAGGUUUUGAUGAUGAACGUCCUGCACGCAGAGGUUUUGACGAUGACCGUGGUGCCAGGCGUGGCUUUGACGAUGAUCGUGGUGCCAGGCGUGGCUUUGACGAUGACAGAGGUCCUCGCAGAGGCAUGGAUGACUCAAGGGCUCCCAGGCGUGGGGCUGAUGAUGAUUGGGGCCCCAGAAGAGGAGGAGGAGAUGAUGAUGGAGCUGGAAGGAGAGGCAUGGAUGAGGGGCCACGUCGCGGUGGUGAAGAUCCCAAAGCAUGGAAACCUCUAAGUAGAGCUGUUGCAGGUGGCUGGCGUGAGAGGGAGAAGGCCCGAGAGGACAGCUGGGGACCUCCCCGUGAUGACGCCCAAGGUGAUGGAGAGGAGGGCGAAGAAGAGGAAAGCUCCAAAGCUCCUCCUCCACAAAGAGAGGAAAGUGCCUGGAGGAGACCAGGUAGUGAGGAGGGAGGCGGAGGAGGCGGAGGAGGCGGUGGCGGCGGUGGCGGCGGCGGUGGCGGCGGCGGCGGCUGGAGAGAAUCUCGCAAAGAGGACACCGGCCGGGUUGAACGGGUCGAGAGGGUCGAACGGGUCGAGAGGGUCGAGCGUGUCGAGAGGGUCGAGCGCGUCGAGCGGGUCGAACGGGUUGAUCGCGACGACCGUGGUGACCGCCGUGAUAGAGACCGCCCGGAUGACCGUGAACAAAGAGCCCCACCCAGAGAUCAGGAUGAAGGGAGCUCUUGGCGUCGUGGCGGUGAAGAAAAGAAGGAGGAGAGGGACCGUCCCAGAGAGGGGGACCCGGAACAAGACCAUGGUGAUGCUGAUGGAGAGGGGGGUUGGCGUGGUGACAAAGAAAUCCCUCGUCGCACCAAGAAUGAGACAGAUGAUGAUGGCUGGACCACUGUCCGCCGCUGAGCAACAGUUUUUCCAUCUCUUUGGCUCAUAUUAUGAUAAAUUGGUUUUGGAAAACAAAUUUAAUUACCCAGUUAUAGCCACAGUGGUGAAUCAACGGCUACAAGCUUCUGAUAUUCAUGUGUGUUAUUCCUUUGGAUGAAAUAUUUGUAGACGGUAGUUUUCCCGGGAAUUGUUUCCUUUUAUUUUUAUUUUGAAUUUCAGCUGUUCUGACACAGAGGCUCUCCACCACUUCAAAAACAUCAGCUAAUGAACUUGUGUCAACUUAGGCCUCAUGCAUACCAUCUAUCUAUCAUGAUUGCCCCUAGUGGUUAGGAGUGUUAUUACCUAAUGUUAGAAGAGAAGCUGAUACAACUGAAAACCAAUUUUCAACUUCCAAUGCAAACUCAGUCUAUCACCAAAUGCCUCUUUUAAACAACUAACCUUUGCGUAAACAUUGUUAUGACAAAGAUACAACACUUAUAAAUACUAACAGUCAUCAGCCUCACUGAUCUCUUCUCUUCAUGUUUCCGAUGCUUCUUAAUUUUCCAUUUAGAUGCGUUUGCUUCAGUUUUCAAUUGGUCUUGCUCAAUAUCCCGCGUGUGCUUCUAUCUUGCUGCAAUUGUUAACAAACCAGGUUGCAUGUGUACAGAUGAAGCCUUUAUUAAUAAAGAUGUUUGCUCACCA